AUGAACCAUCCCUCAUUCUCCUUCCGGUUAGCGUUAUUCCUCUCAUUAUCUCUUACGGCGUCGUCAUCGUUGCCACCAAUACCAUUCUUUUCGAAGCGUUAUUCUCCAUCUUCAUCUAUUCCCAAAGCCACUCCCUCUGACUUGUUGUCUCUGCUUGGUUCCAAACCUCAGUCCUUAGCCGUCAAUCCUGACGUAGCGCGUGAGCUCAAAUCAUGCCUCAAAUUCCUCGUUCCUUUUUCUCCAGUGGAGCCUCGUCACCGGAAAUUGGGCUGGACGGGCCCAACUCGGAGAGAGGAGAACGAGCUGAUUUGGUUGCCGCCAGAGCCGGUUUUGGAGCUGGCUCGCCUAGCCGUCGAUUCCGGUGGUGACCCCGCUGCUAUUCAUCGCGUUCUCGAUCCAACCAUCAUCCCGGUACCUGAUGUCGAAGGAUCAAAUCAAGAACGCUGUCAACUCACCAGAACUCCUUAUGGCAGACGUUUCAUUUGUGAGGAACUGAACUUGUAUCUACAAUUUUUGUUUGAACUCAUUGUUGAUCGGGGUCCAUCUGUUGGGUUGGAUGUUGCCUUGAACCGGUUUGAUCUGUUCCAUGGUCAUCUAUUUCUAGCCGUAGAUUCUGGAAGGCUUGGUAUAUUAUUCCAUGCAAAGGAAUAUCCAGCAUAUGAUAAACAAGUGUUCCCUUACAAUUUGGGUUUUUGUCAGGGAGGGUCCAAUGUGACAUAUGAUGAUUCGAUGAACCUGCGAAAUAUUCUCUGGCUGGCACCGUUGCCUGGCAAUUCUUCUAAAUCUUGGGUGGCACCAGGUGUUCUGGUAGUGCUGGAUGCUCGUCCUGAUGGAAUCAUAUACAGAGAUCUAAUACCUGAUUAUGUAAAUUUUGCAAGGACUAUAUAUGAAGAUGAUCUUGGGGAGGUUGCUGUUGAUGUGAACUACUUGAAUGUAGGAUCUGAAAGUCGAAAUUAUCAAAUAUUUAUAUGCUGAUGCCCAAGCUUUUGACAGGGUUUCACUUCACAAUGGACACCGGAUUUGUUAUAUAAAUGAAGAUGCCCAAGCUUACACGAAUAAUGGGUUGCAUGGCAGAUUUGCUCCAAUUUGAUGGGUCAAUUGAUAGCUAUGCUCAAUUAUUGUAUAUGCUCAUGCAAUUUUAUUUUAUUUUUAAUUAGGCGUAUAACUUUACGCACUUCAAUACCCCAAAUUUUCUAACAUGACUGGUGUUACGUAUGUUACUUGAGCUCUAGCGCUCCCUAAUUUAUUUUGCGUAGUCCCUCAGCGGUCAUGAUUGAUUUGACCGGACUAAGAGGAAAACGACACAGGACCGGAGUCACCGGACUAUGAAACU